UUAACAAAUGAUACUUUCAAACAGUAAUGCCAGGACUGUUAAAGCUAUUGACUGGAGAUAAGUACGUACAUACUAGCCAAGAUGCAAUGUGUUUACAAGGAUUAUGUUUUGGUCAGAAAGUGAAACUAUCUCUUACCCAAGUGGAGGAAGUAACUGAAGUAAAAAUCUUAGCACAGUCUUACCCUGAAAUGGUUGCUUUUCGAUGUGCCGUUCUUGAUCGCUUAAAGAAUCUGAUUUGUACUGAUCUUGUUCCUCAUCAAGACGUAAUGAUUAAGAAAGAGUACCUUGCCCAAAUCAAGGGUUUAAUGAUGGAAGCUGGGCCAUUAGAUCCCACACAAUCGGGACCUCCUGUGAAAGAGCUUAAUCUGUAUGAAAAAUGCCGAAGAACAUUUACUUCUAACUUGCCUCUUUUAUAAUGUUGCAUUGUAAAUUAAUUUCAGAUUCAUUGUUUAUUAAACUUUUAUAGGUUACGUAUGACUGAGUGAACUGUAAAUCAUUUAUAUACUUGAUAAUAUAUAGCAAGUUGUUUUAUAUCAAUAUCAGUUUUUACACUUUUCUUCACAAGUAAUAAAAAAUACAUUCUUAUGUAAUUGAUUUCAUUUAUUUUAUUUUCAAGGAUGCUACAUAAUUGCUGAAGGGCAUACAACA